UUUAAGGUGGUUCCUCAUUGUUUGAACACAUCAUCGCGGCGUUCCUAGUCACUACUCCACCUCACAUUCCUUAUCUUCCAUCUUCUCAUCACCAUCCUCGAGUUUCCGACGACAACUUAAUUUCAUAACCCCCAAAAGAAAAAAUGAACACUUUAAUCCAUUCUUCAAACCAUUACCUUUGUAGGGUACCCUACCCUUUAGUCUCUCCAGUUCUAACCAACAAAAGCAACCUUCCAAAGUUCCUUUCAACCUUUAGACGCUCACCUUAUCCCAUUGCAUGUGCAACUUCCAAUGAAGAAGUUGUAGAAGAGGUUAAAGUAGUUGAAUCCAACACCAAUGAAGAAAGCACUUCUUCUACUUUUUCUACUCCAAUAGACAAAGAACUUAAAAAGGUGGCUCAGAAGACAGCUGCAACCUUUGCACCGAGAGCUUCCACGGCGUCAAAAAACCCCGCAGUGCCUGGAAGUACCUUGUAUACUGUUUUUGAAGUUCAAGCGUAUGUAUCAAUGUUAUUGGGUGGAGCUUUGUCUUUUAAUCUCAUUUUCCCUUCAGACCAACCUGAUCUUUGGAGAUUGAUGGGAAUGUGGUCCAUUUGGAUGUUCACAAUUCCUUCCUUGCGAGCUCGAGAUUGCUCAAAGAAUGAGAAAGAAGCUCUCAACUAUCUUUUCCUCCUAGUCCCCCUGCUCAAUGUUGCAAUCCCAUUCUUUUUGAAGUCCUUUGCUGUUGUUUGGUCGGCAGAUAUAAUAGCUUUCUUUGGAAUGUAUGCAUGGAAGCUUGGAUGGCUCCAGAAAACAGACUAGUUGGCCCAACCUGGCGGUUAACUCUUUGAAGGCCAGUUGACUCUUGACUUUCUCAUGGAUCUCAAUUAUAUAUUAUACAUGACAAAGCAAAUGAGAUGCAACAUUUCUUCAAGUGUUCCAUAGAUCACAGUCAUCAACAAAGGAUGAAAGAAUUCGGCGUGGAAAUUCCAGGUGCUUUUGUGUCUACUAGGGAGUUAGAUGUCAAAGGAAGAAAAUGCUUAUACAUUCUUUAUUGUGCAUGACAUUUCAGAAAAAUUAAAAUUAUUUAGUUAGAUCAACAUCCUCCCAAAGAUGAAAUGUAAUUUAGUCAUGGUUUAUAGUACAUAUGAUCUGUAUCACUGUGAUUUUGGUUUGCAGUAGCUUAUCUGCUUGACCAGACGAAAAUUAAAAUUUAGAAGACAAUGUUAUCAUAUUGUUUGUGAUGAAUGAAAUAUUAAGAGUAAAAAAUAGCUAGUGUUAA